AGAUAGAAAGAAAUGAGGAAACUUGUGGGCGCUUCAAUUAGAUGAUGAAACUUUAUGGGUAGAUGAUAUAGAUCAAUUCGACGAGAUUGAUUAACAAGCAAUGCGGCUGAAACCAUAGUGUGUAGCAAUGUUGAAAGAAAAUUUCUUUGAAAAAGCUGAAGAAGCAGCUUUCUGGUCCAUAAGCCAUGAUCAGCUUUAUUGUGUGCUGAAUUAUAUGCACAUACAAACACCCAAUUGAUUUGAAAAUUUGACUUUAGACCCGAUCCGCUGCUCACUGAAUAAUUAGUGCAGAAGCUUUUUGCAGCAAAUACAAACACUAUAUGCAAGAUAUUUUUCCCAGGUUAGAGCUCUUUAUUCUGCUCUGUUUCUCAUAUAUUUUUCAACUCUAUAUGCACAUAUACAUACAUGUAUACACACAAUUGCUUAUAACCCUGAAAAGUUUAUGUAUGUGUAAUGCCAAUCAGUUGUGUGCUUAGCUUUUGCUUGUUUACAAUUACCCAAUAAGAGUUAUGCUCAAAAGAUUGAAUCUUGGGUGUCAUUUUGUCAAAAAGGUUCAAUCUUUGUAUAAAAAUCCAAUCUUUACAUAUUGUAGUUCAAUUGGGGAUGAUGGAAAUGUUGUUGGUAAUUCUGAUUAUAAGAAUGGGUCAUCCCCUGAAACAGAUUGGGAAAGUUUGCUUGAACCAUUUGACAUUGAACAGCUUCGAAAGUCCCUUAAUCGACUUGCACCGUAUCAGCUUAAUAAGUUGCUUCAACUCCCCCUUGAUGUCCCUACUUCUGUGGAUUUGUUCCGUAAGGCGGGUACUCAAAUGGGGUAUACUCAUACAUUUGAUGUGUAUUGUACUUUGAUUAAUAAACUUGGAGCGGCCGGGGAGUUUAAGUUGAUUGAUGGAUUGUUGCUGCGGAUGAAAGAUGAAGGGGUAGUUUUUCAGGAGUCACUUUUUAUUUCUAUGAUGAGGCAUUAUGGUAGAGCUGGUUUACCUGGUCAAUCGACGCGGUUACUUUUUGAUAUGAGGGAUGUUUUUAGUUGCGAACCUAGUUUUAGGUCUUAUAAUGUUGUUCUGGAUAUAUUGGUUGCUGGGGAUUGCCCGGCUGUUGCACCGAAUAUUUUUUAUGAGAUGUUGCACAAGGGGAUUUCUCCAACUGUUUUAACGUUCGGUGUGGUGAUGAAAGUGCUUUGUAUGGUUAAUGAGGUGGAUUCUGCAUGUUCACUUUUAAGAGAUAUGACAGAACAUGGGUGUGUGCCGAAUUCAGUUAUUUACCAGACACUUAUACAUGCGCUUUGUAAGGUGAACAGAAUAAAUGACGUGAUAAGAUAUUUGGAGGAAAUGUUUCUGAUGGGUUGCACACCUGAUGUUGAUACUUUUAAUGAUGUUAUUCAUGGUCUUUGCCGUGCUAAGAGGAUACCUGAAGGUGCUAAAUUGGUCGAUAGAAUGCUUCUCUGAGGCUUCACUCCUAGCAAGUUUACUUAAGGAAUUUUAAUGGAUGGAUUAUGCCGAACUGGUCAAGUUGAUAAAGCUAGAGCUAUUCUGGAGAGAGUGCCCGAGCCUAAUGUUGUUUUGUUCAAUACUUUGAUUAAUGGUUAUGUGGCCAAUGGACAGUUUGAUGAUGCCAAUGCUGUUUUGAGGCAGGGGAUGCCCGCUGUUGGUUGCAAUCCAGAUAUCUAUACAUAUAACAUAAUCAUCCGUGGUCUAUGUUCGAGAAAAUCUUUUUCUUUAGCACGAAAUUUGAUGAAAGAGAUGGAAAUUAUGGGUUGCAAGCCCAACCUAAUAACAUACACGAGUUUGAUCAACGGGUUCUGCAAGGUCGGCAGAUUGAAGGAAGCAGAAGAAGCUGUCCGUGAAAUGUCAGCAUUGGGGAUCCGCUUAAACACUGUUGGAUACAACUGCCUGAUAAAUGCUUUAGCUAAGGAUGAGAAGGUUAAGGAGGCUCUGGAACUAUACGCUGACAUGGUAAACGGAGGAUGUAAACCAGAUAUGUUCACUUUCAAUUCUCUGAUAUGUGGGCUCUGUAGGGUUGAUCAGGUAGAAGAUGCUCCUAAACUAGUGCCAUUUCCAAUUAUAUUGGUCCUAAACUUACGUAUUCUUCAUACACAUGGAUAA